AUGCCGGUCGCCAAGAAGCCGGUCUCCAAGAAGCCGGUCGCCAAGAUAUCGGCUGCCAAGCGGUGUGCAGCAAAGAGAUCUGCAAGUUCAAGUAGUAGCGGUGCAGCGCGCCGCCGUAAGCGAGCCGCUGUUGACAAGACCACAGCGCAGGAUACUACCCCAGCUGCUGUUCCGGAUGCAGUUGUUCCAGAUAUUACUGAUAUUGAUAUUCCGGAUGUGGAGGAUACUGGUCCGGAUACUACUCAAGAACCGGUUUCGGAGGUGACGACGACGAGUGCUGAGGUUACUUCCGACGAUGGUACAACGGCCGGGCGAUCGCUGCUUGAUGCGUUUGGUUCGGACGACUUCUUAGAUGCUUUUUGUAGAGAUCGUUUGUUUGGCCCUCUGGAAUCGGAUGAUUUGAAUGUGGGCGAGGUAGACUGGUUGCUUGGCCUGGACUCUGACCUUGAAGGGGAUGAAGAGUCAAUGCUUCACGAUGAAGACAACAACGCUGAUCUCGUGGAAGAUGACACAGAGGUUUCAGCGGAUGAAGUGGAUGAAGAACCUGUCACGUUCGAGCUUGAUGCUGGUGAUCUGGACCGCCUUCAAGAGGAGGAGUGGAACUACUUUGACGAGCGGCACAGUGGGCAAGUUCAAGUGGAUGCUGCUCCGCUCUACGACGGACCAAGCAGUCCAACUAAAGCUGCUUUGGCUUAUGCCGAAAACCCGUUGGCAAUAUUCUACUUCUUCCUACCCAAAGAACUGUGGCGUCGGAUUGCUGCUGAGACGAACAAGUAUCGCCUCGAUAGUGUUGACGAAGUCACUCAAGGCAUACGCCGACGUGCUCUCGAGAAGCGGUUGACGACCCCGUCCACAACUGUUCUGUCUGUAGAGGAGUAUCGGGUCAAGUUGCGACGCAAGAACAGCAUGUAG